AUGACCAAACAUGAACGUAUCGAUCUCUAUCAGGAUGUGACCAACCGCAUCGUGGAGCAGUUAGAAAACGGAGUAGCCCCAUGGGUGCAGCCUUGGUCUAAUACCGCUUCAGGCCCGUCACUUCCACUCAACGUCACCACAGGUCGCCGAUAUAGCGGUAUCAACGUGCUCCUGUUGUGGGGAACCGUGCAGAUGUGCGGUUUUACCUCUCAGAGAUGGCUGACGUUUAAUCAGGCACGAACAGUUGGUGGGAGUGUAAGGAAAGGUGAAAAGGGCACAACCGUUUUUUAUGCUGACAGCUACGUGCCCGGUGGAAAUGAGGCUGAUGAAGAUGAGCGUGCCGUUCGGUUUCUCAAGCGCUAUACGGUUUUCAACAUUGAUCAGUGCGAACACCUGCCCGAAGACAUGACAGGAUCGGUCGCACCGUUACCGGAGCGCGAAAUCGUCCCUCAUGCAGAAGCUUUGCUGCAGGCCACAGGUGCGGAUAUUCGAAUUGGUGGUGACAAGGCAUUUUAUGCCCCAGAUCCAGACUACAUUCGGCUUCCCCCACAGACUGCUUAUUUUGAGCAGAUCAACUGGUAUCGCACGGCUUUCCACGAAACCGCGCACUGGAGUGGCCAUACAAGCCGUCUGAACCGAGACCUGUCAGGUCGGUUUGGUUCUCACAAAUACAUGGUAGAAGAGAUCGUGGCUGAGCUUACGGCGGCCUUCGUUCUUUCCGACUUGAACAUCUCGCCGACAGUGCGACACGCUGACUACAUUGGGAGUUGGAUUGCCCUGUUGAAAGAAGACAAGCGUGCCGUUUUUGCAGCAGCUCGUCUCGCGACACAGGCAGCGGAAUACAUACUUGGUUUCCAGAGUAAGGCUCCACGGUUACCCGCAGAACUUUCACGGAUGGCGGCCUAA